GUUAAUUAAAAAAAAAAAAAAUGGGAGAAGAAGAACGGAGUGCGGCGGUUCUGCCAUGGAUGCGCGACCCCGUCGACGUGACUCUCUGUAAACAACUCUCCCUCCGUAAGGUUCCUUUUCUCAACCCUAGUUUAAAAUCCGCACUAGAAAGCAUCGGAAUCUCCGAGCUGUUUCCCGUUCAAGUCGCGGUUUGGCAAGAAACCGUUGGACCCGGUAACUUGGACCGUGACCUUUGCAUAAACUCGCCUACCGGCAGCGGCAAAACCUUGGCCUACGCUCUCCCCAUCGUGCACAAGUUGUCCACGCGCACCCUCACGCGCCUCCGUGCGCUCGUGGUUGUUCCUAGCCGUGACCUAGCUUUGCAGGUUAAACAAGUUUUCGACACUCUCGCGUCGCCGCUAGGCCUCCGUGUUGGCUUGGCCGCCGGACAGUCUUCGUUGAAGGAUGAAAUUUUCAGUCUUGUUCAAAUGCCUGGAUACGAGGAUGAUCCAUAUGUUUCGCAUGGGUUUCGAUGCAAGGUGGACAUAUUGGUGGCAACUCCGGGAAGGCUUGUAGAUCACAUUGGAAACAAGAAUACUACAGGCUUUACACUUGAGCAUCUUUAUUAUCUUGUGGUUGAUGAAACAGAUCGGUUGCUUAGGGAGGACUACCAGUCCUGGCUGCCUGCUGUGCUUGAAUCAACCCAAUCUAAUGAUGAUGUUUUUCAAUCGGGAGUGUUGAGAACCGUAAGAAGAUGUGGUGGAGUUGAAAGGGGCUUCAAGCCUAACCCUAGGCUGACAAAGAUGGUUUUAUCUGCAACAUUAACUCAGGACCCAGGCAAGCUUGUACAGCUUAAUUUGCAUCAUCCUUUAUUCCUGAGUGCUGGGAAAAUGCGUUAUCGACUCCCAGAAAAUUUGGAAUCAUACAAACUGAUCUGUGAAAGAAAGGUCAAACCAUUGUAUUUGGUUGCCCUUUUGAAAUCCCUGGGAGAAGAAAAAUGUAUAGUUUUUACAAAAUCUGUGGACUCAACACGUCGUCUCUGCAAAUUGUUGAAUUGUUUUGAAGACUUGCAAAUUGAUAUCAAGGAGUAUUCUGGCCUUCAACAUCAACGUGUAAGAAGCAAGACACUGAAUGAAUUUCGGAAAGGGGAGUUUCAAGUGCUUGUAUCUUCUGAUGCAAUGACUCGUGGAAUGGAUGUUGAAGGGGUAAGAAAUGUCAUUAAUUAUGACAUGCCUAAAUACAUAAAGACUUAUGUUCAUCGGGCUGGUAGGACCGCAAGAGCUGGCCAUUCUGGGCGUUGCUUCACAUUGAUGUCAAAGGAUGAGAUUGGGCGAUUUAAGAAGAUGAUGAGAAAAGCUGAGGCUAGUGCUUUUCAGGAGCAUUCUGUUCCAUCCAGUUUGGUUGAGGCACUUACUUCUACCUACCAAUCAGCACUAACAAAAAUGAAGGAGAUUAUUUUGGAGACCCGGAAGAAACCCAAGAAAUUAGAGUCUUGACAAAUACAGAUUAACGGAUACACAAGGGAGUCUCCUACUGUAGUAGAGUUAAUUCAUUUUAUAUUUAAUUAGAAUGUUUUUAAUCACUUUUAUUUUCCUUGCUUUGAUGUAUCGGAAUCAAAACUUGGUAUUGGUGAGUUUUUUUUUUUUUUUUUUUUUUAAA